GAUCACUUUUCGUUUUCGGUUAGAUAAUUUAGUUUAGUAUGAUAAGGAAGCAUUAAUCCUGGCAUAUUUCAAACCAAAGAUUCAUCAAUUCAACUGAUUUUAAGCAAAGAACCAUAGGAAAAUUACCUACAAAGAUCGUCAUGAGCAGCGAAGUGAUGUAGUGUGUAGAACACGUUCUAAUUUUAAACAAUGUUCUACAAGUUUCGUCAGUUGGGAAAGUGUGAUCGGGGAAAGCGGAUGUACACUAGUUGUAAUCUGGUGCUCGUUCGUUAAAUAGAGAAAGCUCAGUUGAAUUGUUUCCUACGUCUGGGAUAUCCAUCGCGAUUCUAACGGAUUUUAUUUUUACAUGUCGUGAAAGUCAAGUGCGCAGUUUGAAUUCAUCAUACUACGAGUGACCUCGUACAAUAUUGAAGAUAUGAUUUUGUACUGAUUUAUUAUCUAGUCUGAGUGAUAAUGCUGUGAUGCUACAUGGAGUGAAAAUCAAUUAGAAAAUUAGAGUGUAUUACAGAAGUGCUAUAGUCAAAAGCGUUAGUUAAGAUAGUUGGACAAGUACAUGUAUCCCUUAUAUAAUCGACCAGCGAAAAUCGAAAAAAUUGUUUGCUCGAGUUUUGUGUAUUGUGCAAAAAUGUUCAAGAAAAAAUAGAUUUGGAGAAAUUAAAAGUAAUUGAUUUAAUUUGUGGAGAGCUGCAGUGAAGAUAACUAUACCACAAAUAAUUAUAAGGAAGAAGAAUAAGAUAUCGUAGAUUUAAAACCAAGGCCAACGGAACUGUUUUCCUACUGAAGCGACUUGUAAAGGCAGAUACUAGAGAAGAACGGAAGCGCGCAAUUGUCUAUCUACGGCUAGUUAUGGGAUUGGACUUUAUUCAGGGAGGCAGUGCCGACUACGAGAAUGCUCUUAUUUUAGCCGGAUUUGGGAAGUUCCAUUUCCUGUUGCUAACAAUAUGUGGUCUAAUCUACGCAAAUACAGCGGUCGGCAUAACAAUUAUUUCUUUCGUCCUACCGUCGGCGACGUGUGAUUUCCAGAUGAAAUCGGAGGAUAAAGGAUGGCUGACUGCUGCGCCGAUGCUGGGAAUGGUGAUUGGCUCAUAUUUUUGGGGCUGCCUAGCUGACACCAAGGGAAGACGCAUAGUUUUGAUCGCAGCCUUGCUAUUGGAUGGCCUCUCCGGUUUGCUUUCGUCCGUGACGCAUAUUUUUGGACUGUUUAUGCUACUCAGGUUCAUCAACGGAUUCGCUAUAACUGGAGCGAUGGGAAUAUGCUUUCCGUAUCUGGGCGAAUUCCAGCCAACAAAGUAUCGAGAGAAGGUGCUGUGCUGGAUGGAAAUGUUUUGGACAGUCGGUAUCAUUCUGCUGCCAAUAAUAGCCUGGUUUCUGAUCCCAUUGACCUUCCGAUUCAGUUAUGAGUUUACACUUGGAGGCGCCCACAUUUCCUGGGCAUUCAGCAGUUGGAACCUAUUCGUUGCGGUAUGUGCUCUGCCCAGUUUGGUUUUAGGAAUUGGCUUGUAUAUGUUUCCAGAAAGCCCAAAAUUUCUGAUUGAGUGCGGCGAAACCGAUUUGGCACUGGAAAUAAUCAAGGACAUCUAUGAAUGCAACUCUGGGCGGAAUCGAUCAGAAUAUCCCGUGGAAGUUCUAAAAAGGAGUGAGAAAGCCAACAGCGUUAUGGAUACUCACAAUAGAUCAAUACGCACGCUUAGUAUUCGGAAACCCAAUCACCUGAAAAUACUUUUCAGUGAAAUUUGGGAUCAGACUAAAGCCUUGUGCAAACCGCCUCACCUCAAAAACACUAUUCUGACAUGUAUUAUCCAGUUCGGAAUCACCAGUAGUUAUUACACGCUCAUGAUUUGGUUCCCAGAGCUGUUCGAUAGGUUCGAAGAAUACGAAAAGCGAUUUCCCAACACACCGGCCUCGGUUUGUGAUGUGUCGUCUAUAGUGCUGGAUAACGUUAAUGGAACCUUGGUGGAUGACUUCUGUGGCGGUUCAAUUGACACUAGCGUCUAUUUGCACACGUUGUUUAUCGGGCUUGCUUGUAUUCCAACGAGCUUCUGGCUACCUUUAUGUGUAAAUCGUUUAGGCGCCAAAUUCUUCCUAAUAUCAAGUUUGCUGCUCGCUGGAGCCGUGACUGUGGGACUCUAUUUUGUGAUUGAUUCCAAGCAGAAUCUGGUUCUUUCAUGCGUGUUUGAGGCUUUGACGUCGAUGGCGAUUAGCACCGUUUAUUGUGUU